AUGUCAAGUGCUUUAGAAAUGGACAAUCUGGAGGAUGCCAAAAAACUUGUAAGAGAUCUGAGACAAAAAACUAGAGCACAAGCUCAGCAGAUUAUGGCUUGGAGAAAGGCUUACAAAAUGCAGGAAAUCAUGAUAUCCCGCAUCGAACGCGAAAAAAGUGAUCAACUAAAAGCCCUUAGUUCAAAGCUCCUCCUUUUUGAGUCAAGACUGAUUCGGAAACAAAAAGACAUAUCAACGAUGUUGAAUAUCAGAGAAACCAUCAUCCAGCGACAGCAGAAAAUAAUCGAAACAUUGUCAAAUCGACUUCAAGACAAUGGCCUAGAAAUUCCGAUGCAAGCGGAAAUCACUGAACUGGAAUUUGCUUUUCCCGAUUUGGACUCCUUGAACGAUUCAGACAGCGCAGUGGUUAUGGAAGAUCUCGAUUGUGAAAAUACCUACCAAGUACCCAAGUUCAGAAAUAUGGAUGGUGUUACUGUAAUGAGAUCCAUUUCAGAUGCAAUAGAUCCAAACCUCAAAUAUUCAUCAGUGCGACGGAACAAUGGCUUUUUGCGUCGUCCAGAGGUGUUGGAAACAGUGUACAGCGUCGAAGAGGAUGCUGAUAAUGAUCAAGAAAACAAAAGUGAUGCCAUUAAACGAAGAGAAUCAUUUGCGAGUCGAGGAAAAUCCAAUUGCAAUACAGAAAGCCAAGUUAUACGCGACAAAUCAUUAGAAGAGAAUGUAAUCGUUAAUAUUAAGAGUAAUUCUUUAGAUGAAACUAUGUCAGACAAUCCAUCUUGGUCUUAUAAUAACGAAAAACCGACUGAAGGGACUGAAGAUAAUUCAAAAAAUCAGGUGAAAAAGUACAAUCGCGUGAUGUCCAAUCACAGAUCGGUUACCAAACCGAAAGAUGUUAAGUACAAACGGAUAAAUAAAGCAAAGUCCAAAAGUUUGGAGGAGCUGCGAGGGAAGUUGAAAAAUUGGGUCGAACAAGGAACGAAAAUAUCCAGUUUUUCUCUGGAGCACAGCCAGAGUUAUGCCUAA